AUGUCUUCAUUUAUUCGUGUAUUUCAACGACUUCCAACUGUCUACACUUCUUUUGGGCGUGGAUAUGCUGCUCCAGCUGCAGCUGCCAGUCCAGCAGAACAUGGAGGACCUAAAGAGCUUAAACUUACGCUUGCGUCCCCGGUUAAGGCAAUCUAUUCAAACACUACAGUUAAACAAAUUGACGUCCCCGGGAUGGCGAGUAACAUGGGAAUUCUGCCUGUCCACGUCCCAACUAUUGCAAUGCUAAAGCCUGGCGUUUUGUCUGUUUAUGAGGAGGAUGGAAAAGUUUCCAAAUUUUUUGUUUCGUCAGGUUCUCUUUCUAUGAAUAUUGAUGGUUCUUGUCAAAUUCUUGUGGAAGAAUGCGCUUCUUUGGAUGAACUUGAUAGCAAUGUAAAUAACUAA